AUGGCACAAAAAGAAAGUUCUGAUUAUGAAAUUCAAUAUAGAUCUACCAUUCAACCACGUACUGCCGUAAGAAGUCAAACAAGACAAUCUGGUAGUUAUUCAACUGGAUCUGGUGGUGGUGGUCGUGUUUUAAAAAUGGUAACUGAAAUGGGAUCAGCUUCAAUUGCUGGAAUUAGUCCUGCUCUUAGUGCUAAUGCUGCUCAAUCAUUCUUAGAAGCUACAACUAAAGAAAAAAAAGAGAUGCAAGGUUUAAAUGAUCGUCUUGGAAAUUAUAUUGAUAGAGUUAAAAAACUUGAAGAACAAAAUCGUGAAUUAGUUGCUAGUCUUGAAGAACUUCGUGGACGUUGGGGAAAAGAUACUAGUGAAAUUAAAAUUAAAUUUAGUGAUUCACUUGCUUCAGCCAGAAAAGAUAUUGAUGAUGCUGCACGUAGAAAAGCUGAAAUUGAUGUUAAAGCAUCAAGACUUCGUGAUGAUUUAGCUGAAUAUAGACAUCGUUAUGAAGAUAUUCAACAUCGUCGUGAAGCUGAUCAAGAAAAAAUUACUCAAUGGAAACAUUCAAUUGCUGAUGCACAAAAUGAACUUUCUAUGCUUCGUGCUCGUUGGAAGCAACUUACAGAAGAAGAAAAACGUCUUGCAAAUGAUAAUAUUAGAUUACGCGAUGAAUUGAUUAAGGCACGUAAUGAUCUCGAUGAAGAAACACUUGGAAGAAUUGACUUCCAAAAUCAAGUACAAACACUUAUGGAAGAACUUGAAUUCCUUAGACGUGUUCAUGAACAAGAAGUUAAAGAAUUACAAGCACUUCUUGCUCAAGCACCAGCUGAUACACGUGAAUUCUUUAAAAAUGAAUUGGCACUUGCUAUUCGUGAUAUUAAAGAUGAAUAUGAUUAUAUUGCUAAACAAGGAAAACAAGAUAUGGAAUCAUGGUACAAACUUAAAGUAUCAGAAGUUCAAGGAUCAGCUAAUAGAACUGUUAUGGAAUCUAAUUAUCAACGUGAAGAAAUUAAAAGAAUGCGUGAUAAUAUUGGAGAUCUUAGAUCUAAAUUAUCUGAUCUUGAAGGAAAGAAUUCUCUUUUGGAGAAAGAGGUACAAAAUCUUAACUAUCAACUUAAUGAUGACCAAAGACAAUAUGAACAAGCUCUUAAUGAUAGAGAUUGUAAUCUUCGUAGAAUGCGUGAAGAAUGCCAAACAUUGGUUGCUGAACUUCAAGCUCUUUUGGAUACCAAACAAAUGUUGGAUGCUGAAAUUGCUAUUUAUAGAAAAAUGUUGGAAGGUGAAGAGUCUCGUGUUGGACUCCGCCAAAUGGUUGAACAAGUCGUCAAGACACAUUCUCUUCAACAACAAGAAGAUACUGAUUCUACUCGCAAUGUUCGUGGAGAAGUUCAAACUCGUACCACUUUCCAACGUGCUGCUAAAGGAAAUAUAACAAUUCCUGAAUGUGAUGCUAAUGGUAAAUUUAUUGUUUUAGAAAAUACACAUAGAAAUAAGGAAGAAGAUAUUAGUGAAUGCAAAUUGAAACGUAAACUUGAUAAUCGUCCAGAUAUUGUUUAUACAUUCCCAUCAAAUAUUAUCUUGAAACCAGGACAAACAAUAAAGAUUUAUGCUAAAGGACAAGGACCAUACAAUCCACCUCAUUCAUUAGUAUUUGAACAAGAAAAUACUUGGGGAGUUGGUGCAAAUGUUGUGACAACCUUCUUAAAUAAGGAUGGAGAAGAAAGGGCUACACAUACUCAAAGAACUGUUCAAACUGGACAAUAA